AUGUCAUGAGAAGUAAUUGAAACCUUGCUGAAGGCUGCAGCCAUGAAGCCGACCGGAUCCCCGCCUCUCACCGGAUAAAAAUUAGCUAUGGGGAGAAGCUCGGCUGUGGGAACAUGGCGCACAUACUCUGGAUUAACUUUCCCAAGGAAAAAGUUUGUUGGAUCGCUUCAUAGCACAACAAAUCUCCCCUAUUAUCGAUAAGUAGAAGCGUUGCAGACUGUGGAUAACUACAAUACUCUGGGGCUUGUUUUGUAUGCUGUGUUUUUCCCCUCUCCUGCCUCACUGAGAUGAAAGUUUGUCGCUGCCGGAUUUAGCCGAGAGCAGGAUGGAAAAGCAAAGAACGAGGAAAGAAAAGUUCUCUCUGUUUGGUUCUCGCUCCACCAGCAGGACCACCAACCCUCCCUCUUCAUCCUCCUCCUCUUCGUCUCCUGUGAUCCCUUCAGCCCCGCCGGUGAAAAGGGCAGACCAACCGCCUGGCUCCCCCGGCCUUAGUAAAGCAGAAUUCCUGGACCGUGUGCGCCGCAGUAACCAAGCCUGCCAGCAGGGGGAGUACACUGUGGCUGUUCGUCUCUACAGUGAGGCCCUCACCGCCGACCCCCAAAACUGCAUCCUGUACAGUAACCGCUCUGCAGCCUAUCUCCGACUUGGACAGUACAGCACCGCUCUUGACGACGCAAUAAAAGCACGUCUCAUCAACCCCAAAUGGCCCAAGGCCUACUUUCGUCAGGGGGUUGCCCUGCAGUACCUUGGCCGUCAUGCCGACGCCCUGGCAGCGUUCGCAUCCGGCCUCGCCCAAGACCCCAAAAGUCUCCAGCUGCUCGUGGGCAUGGUGGAGGCCGCCAUGAAAUCGCCCCUCAGAGACUCCCUGGAGCCGACCUACCAGCAGCUGCAGAAGAUGAAGCUGGACAAGAGCCCGUUCGUGGUCGUGUCCGUCAUCGGUCAAGAGCUGCUGACACACAGUUUCCACGGCGCCUCUGUCGUGGUGCUGGAGGCCGGACUGAAGAUCGGCACGUGUUCCCUAAAGCUGCGUGGAUCCGUCUUCUCGGCCCUAAGCUCGGCAUACUGGUCUUUAGGUAACGCGGAGAAGAGCGUGGCCUACAUGCAGCAGGACCUGGAAGUGACCAAGACUUUAGGUGACCAGUCGGGUGAAUGCCGCGCUCAUGGGAACCUCGGCUCUGCCCUCUUCUCCAAAGGCAGUUACAGAGAAGCACUGGCCAAUCACAGGAACCAGCUAGUGCUGGCCAUGAAGCUCAAGGACAGAGAGGCUGCGUCCGAUGCUCUCAGCAGUCUGGGCCAUGUGUACACAGCUAUCGGUGACUACCCCAACGCACUGGCGAGCCACAAACAGUGUGUGCUGUUGGCGCGACAAACCCAGUGCCAGCUCUCUGAAGCUCGCCAGCUGGGCAACAUGGGCGCCGUGUACACAGCGCUGGGAGACUUUACCAAUGCUGUUCAGUGCCACGAGCAGCACUUGGACAUCUCAAAGACUUUGGAGAACCGGCGUGAGGAGGCACGGGCGUACAGCAACCUGGGCAGUGCCUACCACUCUCAGCGGGACUUCGACAAGGCCAUAUCAUACCACACACGGGUACUGGAGCUGUCACAAGAGCUGGGCGACAGAGCAAUCGAGAUGAGGGCGUAUGCUGGUCUGGGGCAUGCCGCCCGGUGCAUGCAGGACCUGGAGAGAGCUCGGCAGCAUCACCAGCACCAGAUAGAAAUUGCUCAGGAGCUGCAGGACAGAGCGGCUCAGGGCCGAGCGUCGUCCAACCUGGGCAUCAUCCACCAGAUGAAGGGGGAGUAUGAGACAGCACUGAAGCUCCACAAAGCCCACUUGUCCUUCGCCCAGGAGCUGAGUGAUUACGCUGCCCAGGGGAGGGCCUACGGUAACAUGGGCAACGCCUAUCACGCACUCGGCAUCUACGACCAAGCUGUUCGGUACCACCGACAAGAACUGCAGAUAUCACUGGAGGUGAAUGAUCGCCCGUCCCAGGCCUCCACACAUGGUAACCUGGCUGUGGCCUACCAGGCGCUGGGUGCUCACGACCGAGCUCUGCAGCACUACCUUCACCAUCUCACCAUCGCACGUGAACUCCAGGACACUCAAAGCGAAGCAAGAGCACUAGCAAACUUGGGAAACUUCCAUAGUUGCAGAGGUGAAUACGCUCAGGCCUUGCCAUACUACCAGCAGUACCUGGCUCUGGCUCCAGGCUUGCAGGACCUGGAGGGAGAAGGCAAGGUUUGCCACAACCUCGGCUAUGCUCACUACUGCCUCGGACAAUACAGAGACUCUGUCAGGUAUUAUGAGCAGGACCUGGCCUUGGCUAAGGACCUCCAAGACAAAUUAGCCCAGGCAAAAGCCUACUGUAACCUCGGUCUGGCCCACAAAGCACUCGGGGAGUACAAGAAAGCAGAGGAGUGUCAGAGAUACCUGCUCUCUCUCGCACAAGCCUUGGAUAACACACAGGCGGUUUUCAGGGCCUUUGGGAACCUGGGGGAUGUGUGUGUGUGUCGGGGUGAUCUUCCAGGAGCUGUGAGGUUCUACCAGCAGCAGUUGAGUCUGGCUCAGAAGGUCAACGAUCAGAAGAUGGAAGCUGACGCCUACUCGGCUCUGGGAUCAGUUCACAGGCUGCUCCGCCAGCUGGAUACAGCCUUGUCCUUCCAUAGCCAGGAACUGACCGUCCGAAAGGAUCUGGGUGAUCAGCAGGGGGAGUGCCGCGCCCUCGGCCACCUUGCAGCAGUGCACAUGGCCCUGGCAGACUAUGCUACAACAUUCCAGUGUUAUGAGGCCCAGCUUGGCCUGGCGCAAGGACUUAGGGAUGCCCGUCUCGAGGCCCAGGUCCAUGGGAACAUGGGUAUCACCAAAAUGAACAUGGGGGUGUUUGAGGAAGCUAUUGGCUAUUUUGAGCAACAGCUGGCCAUGCUGCAGCAACUGAGUGGAACUGAGAGCAUGCUGGACAGAGGCAGGGCCUAUGGGAACCUCGCAGACUGCUAUGACGCUCUGGGAGACUAUGAGGAGGCUAUUCAGUACUACGAGAAGUACCUGACGGUGGCUCAGAGUCUCAACCAUGUCAAGGACCAGGAGAAAGCCUACAGAGGACUCGGCAAUGCACACAGGUCUAUGGGUAGUCUCCAGCAAGCAUUAGUGUGCUUCGAGAAGAGGCUGGUGGUAGCCCAUGAGCUGGGUGGGGAAGGAGGGGGCAAGGCUCAGGCUUACGGGGAGCUGGGCACCUUACACAGCCAGCUGGGCAACUAUGAGCAGUCCCUCUCUUGCCUGGAACACCAGCUUAACAUUGUACGCACAGCAGGGGAUAAAUCCCUGGAAGCAGAGGCGAGCGAUGCACUUGGAGGCGUUUAUCAGCUGAUGGCAGACAAUGAGACAGCGCUACAGUGGCACCAGAGGGCUUUGGAUAUUGCAGAGCAGACGGGCUGUGUGAGGAGCCAGGGUCGAGCCUACGGAAACCUGGGACUGACCUACGAAGCUCUAGGAAAGUACGAGCGGGCUGUGGUCUUCCAGGAGCAGCACCUGAGUGUGGCGGCACAGACCAACGAUCUGAUAGCUAAAACUCUCGCCUACGGGAGCCUGGGAAGGACACACCAUGCACUGCAAAACUAUGCACAGGCUGUGAUGUACCUGCAGGAAGGUCUGCGCCUGGCAGAGCAGUUGGGUCGGAGAGAAGAUGAAGCUAAGAUACGCCAUCGCCUCGGCCUGUCUCUGUGGGCCGGCGGAAAUCUGGAGGAGGCACAACACCAGUUGUACAGAGCGUCAGUGUUAUUUGAGACAAUUCGUCAUGAGACGCAGCACAGCACGGAUUACAAACUCUCCCUGUUUGAUCUGCAAACCAGCACAUACCAGGCUCUCCAGAGAGUCCUCGUCAGCCUAGGCCGACACGAUGAGGCGCUGGCCAUAGCAGAGCGAGGGCGAACGCGAGCCUUUGCCGAUCUCCUGGUUGAACGGCAGCAAGGUCAGCAAGCAGCGAGCGCUGACCCUUACAUCCCAGUUACUGUGGAGCACAUCCUGGAGACAGUCAACGGUCAGAGGGCCAUGGUCCUCUACUAUUCUCUGGCUGGAGGCUUUCUGUAUAGCUGGUUGAUAUCUCCAGGGACAGGUAUUGUGAAGUUUAACGAGGUGUAUCUUGGAGAGUCCGGAGUGGAAGACUUCCAGGACGGUGGCGGUGGGAGCCCGCAGGGUGGAGGAGGAGGAGGAGGAGCAGGUGGAGGUCCUCUGUCUCUGGAGCAGUACAUCGGCAACGCUCGAGAGGCUCUGGGAGUGGACAGCCAUUACAGCAGAGUUUGCUCCAGCAGUGAGACGGAGAGUGAAGCCGGAGAUCUGUUAGAGCAACAGUUUGAGGAGCUGAACAACAAACCGACAUCGGUCACCGACCCCACAGGCUACCUCCGCAUGGUGUCCAGAAAUAACCUCUUUAACAGAAGCUGUCAGAGCAUGACGAGUCUUUACAGCGCCACAGUAUCUCCAGUGAAGGACAGUUUAAGCUCUCCUCCUUACAGGCCGAGUAACAUCAGCAAACCUCCUCUACGAGCCCUUUAUGACUUACUCAUAGCACCAAUGGAAGGGGGCCUGAUGCACAGUAGUGGACCUGUGGGCCGACACAGGCAGCUUGUGUUAGUGCUGGAGGGAGAAUUGUACCUGAUCCCAUUUGCCUUGCUCAAAGGCAGCUCUUCUAAUGAGUACCUUUAUGAAAGGUUUAGUCUAAUUUCUGUACCUUCCUUAGGCAGCAUGGGAGCCACCACCAAGCCUCAUCCUCGUCGCGGUGGGCCCUUACUUUGCUCAGAUGGAGGUUCAGUGGCUGCUGUGAUUGGGGCUCCUCACUUGCCCUCCUCUGUGAUGGGCCGCUGGUUGUGGGGCCCCUUACCUUCAGCCCAAGAUGAAGCUCUUUGGCUGGGGGAACAGCUGGGAUGUCAUCCCCUAACUGGAGCCAAUGCCACAAAGGAACGUGUGCUCGCAGCUCUGAGUCAGGCAGAGUGCGUUCACUUUGCGACUCAUAUAUCCUGGAAGCUCGCCGCUUUGGUUCUCGCCCCCAGCCAAGAGCAUGGUGGGGGAGAGGGGGCAGGCGGGCGUCCCAGGGAGAAGUCACCGUGUGGAGGCUCGACGUCGGGCGAUACUGCGGGUCAGGAUGGAAAGAUCAAAGGUUUAUUUGCAAAGAGUCACAGCAGCCCAGAGAGACUCAAGGGAGCAGAUGAAAUGAGCGAGGACGGGGAGAGUAUGUGUGACAUGGAGAGUGUGUGCGACAGUCCACCACUUCAUGACUUCCUCCUCACUGCUGCUGAUAUACUGGAUCUGUGCUUGACUGUCAAACUUGUGGUUCUGAGGUUGUACCCGGAGUCCAGCAGCAGGGUGACAGCUGACGGGGUGGUGGGUCUCACCCGAGCCUUCCUGGCUGCAGGCGUCCAGUGCGUGUGUGUCUCUCUGUGGCCUGUACCAAUAGCUGCCUCCAAAGUCUUCACACACACCUUCUACACAGCCCUUCUCAACGGGACCAAAGCCAGUGCAGCUCUAACGGAGGCCAUGAAGACUCUGCAGAGCAGCAAGCACUUCUCACACCCCUCCAACUGGGCUGGGUACAUGCUGAUUGGCAGUGAUGUGAAGCUGAACAGCCCCAUGUCGCUGGUUGGACAAGCCCUGGCAGAGAUCCUUCAGUACCCAGAGAGGGCCAGGGACGCCCUCAGAGUGCUGUUACACCUGGUUGAGAAGUCUUUGCAGCGCAUUCAGAGUGGUCAGUGUAACCCGAUGUACACAUCGCAACAAAGUGUCGAGAAUAAGGUGGGUGGGGUGCCCGGGUGGCAGGCCCUCCUGUCUGCGGUGGGUUUCCGGUUGGACUUGUCUUGCAGCGGCGCUGGUUUUCCUGCAGCUGUUUUCUUCCCCACCUCAGACCCCGGGGAUCGGCUUCAACAGUGCAGCGCCACUCUACAGUCACUGCUCGGUCUCACUCCUCCAGCUCUGCAGGCUCUCUGUAAACUGGUCACAGUGUCUGAGGCCGGAGAGCAGCUCAUUCACAAGGCGGUUAAAAGCAUGGUGGGAAUGCUUCACCAGGUGCUGGUUCAGUUGCAGUCGGGCGACAAAGACCAAGACUUCUCCCUAGCUCCCAUUCAAGUGUCGAUAAGUGUGCAGCUCUGGAGGCUUCCAGGCUGCCACGAGUUCCUGGCUGCGCUCGGUUUUGAUCUUUGUGAGGUGGGUCAGGAAGAGGUCGUGCUGAAGACUGGAAAGCAGGCCAGCAGGCGCAUCAUGCAUUUUGCCCUUCAGUCUCUUCUGGCACUCUUUGACUCCACAGAGCUUCCCAAGCGACUGAGCAUGGACAGUUCCUCCUCCCUGGAGUCUCUGUCGUCCUCCCAGUCGGCCUCCCAGCCUCACUCGUUACCCCUCUCCUUCGGGUGCUACCCACCUCAGCCCUCCUUCUUACCCCCGGUCUGCCCCGACAACCUCUCCUGCGACGCCAUCUCAGUCUACAGCCUCAGCUCCCUCGCCUCAUCCCUCAGUUUCCUGUCUCGACCUGAGCCCGCAGGAAGUGACCUCAUCAGCCAGCGCUCACAUCAGCAGGACCUGGACAGACCUCGCGGUGGAGGUGGCCUCUACGGCUCGCACCGCCACUCAGGCGGCAUGUCAAGAGGUCGACUGACAAAUCACGGAGGAGGAAUGUCAGGAGAAGGGGAGGACGAGGAGUAUGAGGGUUUCUCCAUUAUAAGCAGUGAGCCGCUAGGACGAGGGAGGAGGGAAUGUGACACGCUGCCUCUGCCUGCGGGACACAGACACGGCAGAGGCGGUGCUGGGAGAGGGUUGGCCGGGGGUCAUGGGUACCCUAUUACAAUUUCCUCCAAGGGAAGCAUCAGCACACCUACAUCUCCGAUUAAAGCUCCGCCGCUGCCACUGAAAGUUCCUAACAGCCCCAAGCCCAAGCAGGAAAUCUCACCUCCUCAGGGGAAAGGGAAAGGAAAGGUUAGCAGCUCUGAGUCGGACCAGUCGAGUACUGAGACCGACAGCACGGUGAAGUCCCAAGAGGAGAGGAUGGGGCCUGCAGGACAGCUCGAUCCCCAGGAACUGGCCCAGAAGAUUCUGGAGGAGACCCAGAGCCACAUGCAGGCUGUGGAGAGUCUGCAGAAGGCAAACAUCAGGGGGAAGACACUGAGGGCGCCUGAGGGGAGAGAAGAGGCACAUGCCAGGCAGCCUUCACUGUCGACUCCCACAACUCCAACUUUGACUCCUACUGGAGGAGCACGAGGCUUUCAGCCCUCUGAGACCAGUGCAUUUAGCAGACCACCCAGCAGAGCAAGUCUAAAGGCUUGCUCCUCUCCUAUUUCCCUCUCAAGUCAGCUUUCACCCCUCUCCACUUCUGUUUCAACACCUCCCCCAACUCGGCCUAAACCACGAUCCCGCUCCUCAUCGCUGCAGAAAAUCAGCUCCGGCUACAACAGCCCAGCUCAUUCCUCUCCUUCUUUAUCUCUCUCUGUGAAAGAACAAGGUUUACCUUUCCCCGCCAUUUCCCCAGAUGUGCAUGUACAGGCUCAGCUCAAGCAGAAAUACCCUACCUCACCUUACACUACCCACAUCUCACCUUCCCACUCUCCUGCUGACAGUGCCCCAUCGCCAGCCCUUUCCUAUUCCUCCACAGGAUCCGUUUCAGCAUCCUCCAGCCCUGCAAACACCCCCGAACUCAACCAGACAAAGCGGGAUAAUAAAGUCCAAGCGAUUCAUAAUUUAAAAACAUUCUGGGCCAACGCUGGCCAGAAACACGAGGGUCCCUGCCCUGCCAAUUUACUCCGAGGUGGGAAUAAAAAAAUGAGUACAGUUCAGAAAGAUGUUUUAGGUUUGCUUAAUCUCUCACCUAGACAUGAGUCUGUCAGCAAAGAUCUAGAGGGAUCUGAGGAUCAUAACACUGGCGACAGACCAAAUGGUCAACAAAAGCUGGAGGCUAAACCUCCUCCACCUCCAUCGUCUAACUCUAAAGGAGGCAUCAAACUUCCCUCUGGGAACGGCUACAAGUUUCUCUCACCUGGACAUUUUUUUCCAUCCUCCAAAUGUUGAGAGUUUGGAUAUUUUCCACGGUGAACCCAGAGCCAGAGGACCAAUCUUCUGUUUCAUUUUUGGUGUUUGUGCUUUGACAGAAGCUAUCCAUUUAUCAGCUAAAUACUACCACAUUUUUAUCAAUACCUGCUGAAGACUGGGAUAAAAAAUACUGUUUCAUACUGACAGUGAUUUUACACGUCACUACUUUUUUGUGAAGGGAUGUUCAUGUUUUGAAUGUGAUGACUGUGCCUUCUUCUGGAGAGAGCUGGAAGGACAAAAUGACUCUUAGAGAAGUGUUGAGUCUUUGGCUUUAAUUGUGUUUUCAUGACUAGAGAGCAUGUGUCUCAAUGCCUCCAUGUACUGUACUCACAGUCUGUUGACUGAAUGCCUGAGAAAAGGAGAACAUUUUAUGUGGACCUAAAUGCUCGCUAUAUUUGUGUAAGUUGACUUGAAUUUGAUUUUGAUUUAUUGUGUAAUAAUUAUUGUUAAAUGUCAUUAUCGAUGCUUAUGGUUGUCAUUUAUUUUGUAAAGUAAACUGUGUUUUCCAGUCAUUAUUAUACAUUUUAUAAAGACAAUUAAAGGAAGACGAAAGGAAAACAUUUUGAUAUUUUUUAUGGAGAUUUGAUUUAUGUGUGAUUGUCAGCAUGGUACCUCUUGCUGUUCAGUGUGUUAGUCACUUUAUAAUGUACAAGUUUGCAGCGGUGCCAGACUUCUAUUUAGAAAUAUCUCAAGAAGUGGACAAAUAAAAAUGUUCCUUUC